GUUUCUUCCUGUCAGCGACACAUGUAGAACAGGCAGCUAACGGGACCCGGAGACCAGACCAGGGGACAGUCCAGUGUAGCCUCUCUGCCAGCCUCGUUAUUUCCCUUUCCUUUCUUUUGCCAAAACACGCACGUCUUUGGUUUUGAGGAAAUUACGGCAUGCGUAGAUCUGUUACCACGUCUUGCAAUGGACUCCUUUUGUUCCAACGAAAAAAGAGCAGUAAAGCAGCCCCAGUAAAACGGGAACCCUCCGGUGGAAAUACUAUCUGCUAACUCCAUUUGCCCGUCGCAGUGAGAAGACGAGCUGCGGUUCGCUGUCGCGCGGAGCUGGAGGCCGACCGCGCGUUAUAGUGUGCCCGCAUUUAGCUGCACUUUGUGGGACUCCUGUAGCCUACCUGUCCACUUACCUCCCCUUCAGGUCGUUAACUUUACAGCCAUUACAGUUAGAAGAGACAGACGAGGGACGAUGGUGAAUCCUGGAGGCAGCAGCCAGCCACCACCAGUGGGCUCAGGUUCUCUGUCCUGGAAGCGGUGUGCAGGGUGCGGGGGCAAAAUCGCAGACCGCUUCCUCCUUUACACCAUGGACAGUUACUGGCACAGCCGAUGCCUCAAGUGCUCCUGCUGCCAGGCCCAGCUGGGCGAAAUCGGCACAUCGUGCUACACAAAAAGUGGCAUGAUCCUCUGUAGAAACGACUAUAUCAGAUUAUUUGGAAACAGUGGAGCUUGCAGUGCUUGCGGUCAGUCCAUUCCAGCCAGCGAACUGGUGAUGAGGGCACAGGGCAACGUGUACCAUCUCAAGUGUUUCACAUGUUCCACCUGCCGGAACCGGCUCGUCCCUGGGGACCGGUUCCACUACAUCAACGGCAGCCUGUUCUGCGAACACGACAGACCCACAGCACUCAUCAACGGCCAUUUGAGUUCACUGCAGACGAACCCGUUACUGCCCGACCAGAAGGUGUGUUAGGCGGGAGCUGUGCAGGAAGCAGGAUGUGUGCCUUCAUUUUAGCCCUUAUUCAUUGUCAUCCGAGACAGCGUGGAUCAGCAGCACCCCAGCCUUUUAGCUGUGCUCCCAGGUCCUUUGCCCUAGAGGAACCCUCCACCCAUCUAACCAGUAACCUGACUUUUAUUUCUGCAACCCAUACCCAACGCUCAGCCUUCAGCCUUGGCUUUUCCCCAAAUAUGGGCAGUUACUUGCACUUACAGCACCUCAGUCAGGACGCUGAGGACUCCAUGACCUUGGAAUAAAAAGACCGAAGACGAUCAGAAUCCAAGGGGACUCUUUAGGAA